GGUAAGAGUUUCUAUCGUUCUGGCGAGAGUUUUUAUCAUUCUGGUAAGAGUUUUUAUCAUUCUGGUAAGAGUUUUUAUUAUUCUGGUAAGUGUUUUUAUCAUUCUGGUAAGAGUUUUUAUCAUUCUGGUAAGAGUUUUUAUCAUUCUGGUAAGAGUUUUUAUCAUUCUGGUAAGAAUUUUUAUCAUUCUGGUUAG